AUGAGGAGGACCUUGAUCGGGAAUAGAAAUAUAUGUUUGGUAGGUGGGGGUACUGAUUCCCUAUGUUUAAGUUAUUACUUACAAAAAAAGAAGGUUAACAUAAAAUUAUUAACGGUUAAUAAAAAAUGUAACUUAAUAAAUACACAUUAUUACAAGUCAAAUAUAAUCGAAGGAGGUAUAUAUUACUCCUUUACUUUAAAUAAUAAGUUUGAUUCAUUUUUUUCACUCAUAAAGGAUUUAAAUAUGGAACCACAAAUUGUCGAAAGAAACAAGUAUUCCAACAAUAUUUCCUACUUAAGUGAAAAUGGGAAAUUUUAUAAAAUUAAUAAAUAUUUAUUUAGAAUAAUUUUCUUUAUUCUAAAAGAUUAUUUUUUUCGUAGCUCUAUAAAUAUAGAAAAGGACGAACUAUUAAGCGAAUUUCUUUCAAAAAAUGUCGACAAGAAAUUAUGCAAAAGUUUGAUAACCCCGUAUUUGGACUACCAUUUUGGGUAUUCUUCAGAGCACGUUUUAAUGAAUUCCUAUUUCCCUGAUUUUGUGAAAUCUGUACAUAAAAAUAAGUCUAUUUUAAAAGCGAUUAUUUCUUCUAAUAAUAAUCACAAGAAUAAUGAACCUAGUAAUAAUUCAAAUGGGACUUUAAAAAAUAAAAUAAUAUUUAGAUUUAAAGAUGGAAAUGUGGCCCUAACCAACAAACUUAGAGAGUACCUAGACCAAUGUGACAAUAUGCAACGAAUUGAAAAUACAAGGAAUUUUAAGAUUGAACAGAAAGGGAAAAGGAUUAAGGUUAAUGUUGGACGAGAAUCAAUAAAAUGUAGUGAAGUAAUUUUUUGUCUUAAUCCUUUCGAAUUGCGAAAUUUAUUAAAAAAAAAAAAUAUAAAAAUUAAUAACAAAAAUAGUAUGAUAAAAUAUUUAUUCAAAUUUCGUCCCAAAAAAAUUAUGAUAGUAAAUGUUUGUUACAAAAAAAAUGUGUUACCCUUUUCGCACACUUUGGAAUCCUUACUUUUAAUUAAAAAAAAUUCCGAAAACAAAUUAACUUCAUUAUUAUAUGAUAAUAAUAUAUUUCCACAAUUUGCACAAAAUGAAGCACAUAUAAAAAGUUUACACCAAACAUUGGAGACAAGGCUUCGCUUUACGGCUUCAGAACAGGAUGAAGAGAAAUUAAAACUUCAAAUUUUUGCAUUCCUUAAAAAUGUUUUAAAUAUUAAGGAAACACCAGAUUUGGUCAUAAUCGAGCCACACAUUGUAUUCCCUUUUGAUGAAAUGGUUGAUAAAAAUUUCAAAAAAUUAAUUCAACAAAAAAAUAAAAAAAUAAAAAUAUUUUGGGAUUUUGCCUUUUUCAAAAACAUGGAGUUUUGUUUAAGUAGGACAAAAAUUUUUUGUGACAAUUUGGAACAAGAAAGAUAUAAAAACAGGACGUAA